CCAGACGCUCACUGACCUCUGAACUCCACGGUUUGCUUAGCAGUCCGCCAUAUUGGCUGUUGUCUUGCCUAGAGAAGGCUGGGACUGUGUCUGGUGCUGGGAGAAUUGAAACUGUGGUCUUUUACACGCAUAAACUGCUAAAAACUGGGUGGCUGCGUGUCAGAAAAUCCAGUAUCAUGGCCAGGAAGAAGAGCAAGCAGCAAGGUGCGGGGAAUAAGGAGCCGGUGACAGGAGAGCAGGGCUCCGCGAAGAACCCCGUCUCUCCCAGCGAUGCAGCUGGCGCUGGCGGCGGAGAUGCGGGGCUGGAACGGCUGCCCAGGGCGAACCAGACGCCGCCUCUCUCCAGCAGUCAGCCCAUGCACACUUGCUGUCUAAUCUGCCACCGCGAGUUCAAGGACUGGGGGGCGGGCCCCACCGGCGGGCUCCCGGGCCCCGGGGCCCGGCUGGCCGACGCGGUCCCGGCGCUCUCUCAGGCCCUGCUGCGCGAGGCGCCGGGCCGGAAGCUGGCCGACGCCGUGCCUUCGCUGUCGCAGUCGCUGCUGGGCGAGGUGCCGCUCUGGAUCUGCCACAGCUGCCGCAAGAGCGUGGAGGAGGAAGAGCGUCAGGCUGCCCAGGAGCUGCCGGUCUCUCAGUCCCACUCGUCUUCCUACAAAUCACAGAGCUGUGGCAAUGGCUACCCAGAGCAGGGCUCGGGGGAGUGGGACCCCAGCUCCUUCCUGUCCGCCAGCAAGCUCUCCGGCCUUUGGAACUCGCCACACAGCAACGGGGCGCCGCUCUGCAACCACAGUGCCACUUCUCACCCGCAAGGUGGAACGAUUGGACCAACCUGCCAUGAAAAAAGAGCCUCUCACGAGGCACCUGGGAAGUCAGCCAAGUCGGCAGGGCCCAAGGUCUGCCCCUACAGUCACCCAGCGUCCCAGAUUUCCUCUGUGACGUCUCCCGGGUCCCCAAUCUCUGCUUCCUCUGACCUUUGCAAGACCACCCCCAAGCACUUCAAGACAAUGUGCCGCCGACCGACCCCUCCAGGCGAAGCCUUUCACUCCAGUGAUCACCAUCAGCACCCAGACCUAGCAGUGCCACCGAACAGUCCCACAGGCCUGUCCUCCCACCAUCCAUCUCUCCUCCCGCCCAAAGCGGCCUCUGGCCAGCAGACGCACGCCCCCCCGCCCGGCUCCACUUUGGCCGCACACGCCCCUUUCACGCCCCUGGUACCAAACCUCCACGUGCCGGUGUCUAAGCUGUCGGUGGGUCCGGACAGCCCCUCUUCCUUGCUGAAGCCCGGCGUGUGCAAGAACUCCCACAUUCCUGCUGUCAACAGCCAACACACUAAGCUUGGUGCUUCCCUCUCUGGGUGCAGCCACCCAUGCAACGGCCACAGCAAUGCAGCUGUCAGCUCUUCGAAUGCGGGACACUUGUCUGCUGCAGCCUGCAGGGACCAGGCGUGUAAAGGGCACAAGCUGCCGAAUGGGACGGCAUGUCACCCUGCUUGCGAAGUGGAAGAGGUGGAGGACGAGGACAGCAGCUCUGAGAGGAGCUCAUGUGCCUCAUCAUCCACCAACCAGAAGGAUGGGAAGUACUGCGACUGCUGCUACUGCGAGUUCUUUGGUCACAACGCGCCCCCGGCGGCGCCGACAAGCCGGAACUUCACGGAAAUCCGGGAGAGGCUCCGAUCCCAGCUGACGCGGCGUAAGGAGGAGCUGCCCCAGCGGCACGACUCCGACGCCGUCGCGCCCAGCGCCAUCGACCAUCGCGACGUAGACGAGUUACUCGACUUCAUCAACAGCACGGAGCCCAAGCCUGUCAACAGCGCCAAGGCAGCCAAGCGUGCACGCCACAAACAGAAGAAGAAGGAGAAGGAAAAGGCCCAACAGGGCACUGCAGAGGCUUCUUGUAACGCCCCCCACACAUCCCUGCCGGAGCCCCUCGAGGACACCCCCACCGCCUCAGAUAAUGAGGCGGGUCGCUUACUCGAUUGGCCACAGCUGGAACUGGAACGAGUCAACAGCUUCCUCACCAGCCGUCUGGAGGAGAUCAAGAACACCAUAAAGGACUCAAUCCGCGCCUCCUUCAGUAUGUACGACCUCAAUCUGGACGUCAAUGACUUCCCCAAGAAGGCAGCCACUUUGGAGGGCAACCACCUGCUGUCCCACGUCAAUGGGUCCUCGGAUCUGCAACAGAUCGACCUGGACCUGUCUCCUCUCACGCUGGGUGGCUGCAAAAGCCAUUUAUUCAAUGGGUGGGAGGACGCUGCCCCCAACAGUCAGGACGUCCAGCGGUUGCACGCCACGCCAAACCUCUCGAAGCUCAUUCGUGUGCGUUCCCCCGAGCGCUGCCAGCUCGCCAGCUCCACUCCCGCCUCUCAGGUCGUGGCCCCAACGUCCAAUACACGGGACGAGGCUUCAGACCCUAAAUGCUCAACAGGCUCCAACGGAAAAGUGAAGAAGGGCAAGAAGCAGCAGCAGGAACAGUGUCUGCCAGAGCAACAGAACACUAAGGUCCUCAAAGCUGCCCUUGCGAAUGAACUGCAUAAAAACAAGGAGACUCAGACCAAGGCCUCAGGUUUGGGGACCAGCUCCAAACUGGGUUCCAAACAGGCCUUUCAGUCCCAACCUUCUUCUGUGGAGAUGCACAGAGUUUUGGGAAAGAGGUCAGAGGAGAGUAAGGUACCCGCACAGAACUCUGGUGGAGCCUCUAGCACGGCAGUCUCUAGACCGUCGGAGAAGAGUGACGUAGAGAUGCGAGGCUCCAAGCAGCACAGAAUGGAUCAAGAAUCAGAGGGGAAAGGUCCUUCUGUCACAGCAAUGGGAUUCCAGCAACCCAAAGGAAAGGGCAGGAAGAACAAAAAUAAGACUGACAAGUCCGGCAGCUCCAUAGAUGAUGUGUUUCUCCCCAAAGACCUGGACCCCACAGAGAUGGAUGAGAUUGACAGAGAGGUUGAAUACUUUAAGAGAUUUUGCCUGGAUUCCGCAAAACAGACCCGCCCGAAGGUGGCUGUGAACUGGUCCAACUUUAGUCUCAAAAAGGUUCCUUCAAGCACGGCUCCUUAAUGAGGAACCGUGAGCAGAGAGACCCAACCUUUCAGCAGGGCUGUCCCACCAAAACCAGCUUGGCCACAUAUUCUCUGUGAUGCAGAUUCCCACUACUUCCUUCAACCAGCCGAGGGUCACUGGGCGGAUCCAGGAAGUCCAAGGAUGGAUGUUUUAUGGACAUUUUAACUGGCUUUUAUGUAUCAAUGCAACGGUCACCUGUCCACAGCUAUGGCUCUACCCGCGUGCCAGACUCUCCCUGGUCCCCCCUCUUUCAUGAUUAGAUGUGCUUAUUGGAAAACCCCCAUAACAUGUCUUUGGUUACAGACCUGGUAGUCCAUUUCUGUGAACAAUUACUGUAAUAUUAAAUUUAACAUUUUAUAGCCAAUGUGGCAUUUCUGACGAAAAACUGGGCUACACACCGUUAACUUGUUUUACAUGUUUAAUUCUCAUUCACACUUCCAGUAUAGCAUGCCAUUUUUUUUCUGAUGAUCUUAUGCAUUUUCCCCUAAAUAAAAUAGUGUAGAGAAUUUGAGAAAUCCUUUAUAAAAAAAAAAAAGAAAACAAAUUUCACACGAUUUAAACCGAAGAAAGCAAUUUUAUUAGUUACAAGCAAAACCUACAACUUCAUCCUUUUGUCAGUUACAUAUGUGGCCCGUUCAUAACAUCAGAACAGUGCUGGGCUGACUAGCUGUGCGCCAAUGGUCAUCAUGUUCAUUGCGUGUAAAAUUUAAUGCUGUGCAUUAUGUAAGGGUUGUAAAUCCCAUACUAGAGAGGCACAUGCUAUUGAUGAAUUUGCUGAACUAUUAUGGAAUUUGUAUGAGAACCAAUGAAAUUAGGAUUGGCGUAACACGAGCCACAUACCACAGUUUGUUCUGUUAUGAAAUGCCAUCAUUCUUCUGCAAUUAACUUUUUUUUUAAUCAACUGACAAAAUUGCAACACUAAUUUUAACAUGAUUUUAUUUCCUAGUGAAUACUUGUCAUGGAUUUACUGCAAAAACAUUGAAGUUUGCAUGAUGUUUUUAAGCAAAAACAAUAUCAAGUACUUCAAACUUAACCUAUUUAAAAUCUCUAGACUGUAGUCAAGCUUGUCACCUAUCAAGUGUUUAAUAUGUUCAUAAGCUUACAUUGUGAACAAGUUCAAGCUUGUUUCCAGUUGAGUACCUAGGCACAGUCCAGCGGUGCACUUCAGGACUGUGACCUUUUGACUCUCUGAUGACUUGGGACUAAAGUGUUCCUCCUUUCAGCACUUGAAGCAGAAUUUUUAAACGGUAUUCGCUUCUCAAUCCCUCAUUUCAUUAUACAUACUGUGCCUCCCUUAGAUAUUAGAGAAGCUCCUCAACUCGCAUCAUAGGAAGUUUUUUUCUUCCUUCUCGCUUCUGAAAUAUGGUACAAACAGCUACAUUUACCAGGGAGUCUCGAUGUUCUUGAUGCCCUUGGAAAUGUCAUGUGCUCUGCCGUCUCAAAGUUGGGCGGUCCCCCUCAGAGAAGAAACAAGGUUAACAUGGGUUGUGAGGGUUGGGAUUUAGGGUUAGUUACACGGAAGUUGUUCUGCAUCUGACAAAAGAGUUUUAAAGAUUUUUAAUUUACCUGUUGAAUUUGUUUUUCAUAUUUCACAAAAGUAUCUGAUAUUAUCCUGGAUAUAUGAAACUACAAGACAUUAUCUUAAAGGUUUGGAAUGUAGAUUUAUACUAUACCAUGAAAGGCCAAGUGUAUGUUGGCCUGUCUGUUUUUUAUUAUUCAUUUUUGAUACUGUGAAAAAUCUUUCAUUCUGAAAGAUUAAAACAAAACCAUUUUGGAAAAA